CACGCUCUCCCGCAGGACCCUCCUUUGCCCACUGUGCACUCCGGCUCGUCCGCCCCCACCAUGGCCACCGUUGAACAGCUGGUAGGAAGAUGGCGCCUGGUAGACAGCAAAGGCUUUGAUGAAUACAUGAAGGAAGUAGGAGUGGGAGUGGCUCUGCGAAAAAUGGGCGCAAUGGCCAAGCCAGAUUGUGUCAUCUCAUGUGAUGGCAAAGCCCUCACCAUAAAAACAGAGAGCACUUUGAAAACAACACAGUUUUCUUGUAACCUGGGAGAAAAGUUUGAAGAAACUACAGCUGAUGGCAGAAAAACUCAGACUGUCUGCAACUUUACAGACGGUACUUUGGUUCAACACCAGGAGUGGGAUGGGAAAGAAAGCACAAUAACAAGAAAAUUGCAAGAUGGGAAAUUAGUGGUGGAAUGUGUUAUGAACAAUAUCACCUGCACUCGGAUCUAUGAAAAAGUAGAAUAAAUAGCCCAUCAUCACUUUGGAUAGGAGUUAGCUGUGAGAAUGAACAAGCUCAGUUCAAUGAGCAAAUCUCAUACUGCUUUUUUGUCCUUCAUUACUGUGUUCAAUUAUUUCUAUCACAAACAUUUUACAUGCAACUAUUUCAAAGUAUUGGUUUAAUUAGGAUCAUCCCUUUGGUUAGUAAAUAAAUGUGUUUGUGCUAAUA